GACGUGCUGGACGAGCUCAGCCGCGCGCAGCGCGCUAUUCAGAUGGGUGCUGACGCGCUGUGCGCGGAUGCGCUCCAGGACAAGCUGAAGAACUUCUACGGCCUCGGUGUGAUGAGCAACCUUCGGGCGCUCCAGCACGGCGACGCAGGUCCCGAUGGCCAUGGCGAUGCGUCUGCCGACGCCGCUGAGAAGCGGGCGAAGAAGAUGGCGGAGGAGGAGGAGAUGUGGGAGGAGCUGAAGCGCGGCAGUUUCAUGUUCCAGACGCGGGGCGAGAAGAUAUCGUCGAUGUGGAACCGCGCGCUGGCGGCCGACAGCAAACUCAAGGAGGACUACAAGAACACGCUCGGCCUCCCGAACAAGGCCAAGUUCAGGGCCGACUGGGGCGAGAAGCGCUACAAGCAGUUCUGGGAGAGGCGCUCGAAGACGACGACGAACAGAAAGUCGGAGAAGCUGAGUGGGAAGUACCUGGCGCUGGCCAGGAUCGCCCACAAGGAGGGGGGAGGGAAGGACGGGCUCAAGGCGGCCACCACGUACGCGACGAAUUGUAUCAUCCUGGGCAAGCACUGGGUGAAGUGGGACUCAAUGACGAACACGCUCAAGUUCUACUACGUCGAGCACGAGAUCUCGGACGAAUACGUCACGGCCUGGACGGCGCAUGAGGAGUGGUGCAAUGCGCCGCAGCCUGUCCAGGACGCCCUCUGCCUCGAGGGCGGCGGCGCGGCGGGGGAGCUUGAGGAGGCGGGGGGCGCUUGUGAGGAGGCUGGUGAUGACGACGACGGCGAGCCCCCAGUCAAGCGAGAGAAGACGUCCCUCGACGUCGCGAUGGCCGACUUCAAGAAGGAGAAGUCGUUGUUCCGCGGGCUCAUGCAGCAGACCUCCACGACGUUGGACCUCAUCGAGUCGAACUCGGAGUGGGACUGGGCCAAGAACGAGCAGAACCGCGGGGCGCUGGAGAGUGCCCAGCAGACGGUGCAGACAGCGGUGAACAGCACUGCGGCCUUGAAGGAGCUCUUGGCCGUCAACGACUACGGUGACAUGAAGACCCGCAUCGGCGCGAGCCAGCUGGAGGUGAACUUUCAGAAAGGGGCCACGGCGCUGAAGGAGCCGCUCAAGAACCUGCAGACGGCGGUGUCGAGGAUCCUGCGCAUGCACAAGCAGACGCUCGAGCAGAUCAAGAAGCAGACGAGCAAGGCGGGCAAGCGGCAGCGCCAGUCAGCCUGA